ACACCACUCUUUGUACUUUGCCAUACAGGUCGAUACCAGCAGCGCUACAAUGCUCAGAGCGAGUGGAUUGCUGACGACGGGUGGUCGUCCUCAUCACCCAACCCCUGCUGCUUCAACUGCUGCUGCUACUUCAACUGCUACUCCAUCUGGUGGGCUCUCGCUUCGUCGCACGCCGGGGGGCGUCGUGUCCGCCGUCGCAGUCGCAGUCUCGGCGCUGUGCUGGGCUGCGUUCCGCUCGUACUCGACAUCGUCCAACUCCACUUCAUCAUCUUCAUCAUCUUCUUCUUCAUCUUCAUCAUCUUCAUCGUCAUCUUCAUCAUCAUCGGCUGGAGCGUCGGUGCUGGACAAUCCACUGCUCGCGUGCUCGGCUGCCUUGCCGCGCUUUGCUGACAUCCAGCCAGCUCACAUUGAGCCAGGCAUUAACUUCUUGCUGGACGAGUUUCAAGCAUCCGUCACUCAACUGGAAAGCGCGCUCGAGUCGAAACUGGCCAACCCGACGACUGCAAUCACUUGGAGCGAUGUCAUGAUUCCCCUGGAACGUAUUCGUGAUCGGUUUGAGGUCCCGUGGAGCGCUGUAAACCACAUCAAGGGCGUGAAAAGCUCGCAGGAAACCCGCGAUGCGCACCAGCGCGUUCUGGGUCGCGUGAUUGACGUCAUGAACAAGUUUGGUCAAAGCCAGACCUUGUUCCGCGCAAAGGAGGCCUUGCUUGCCGCCUCCACGUCCAGUGUCGCUCUGACAGCCUCGCAAAAGCACGUCCUGAGCAAAUCCUUGCGAGACGCCAAGCUUGCCGGCGUUGCCUUGUCUGCUGAGGACAAGGACAAGUACAACCAGAUCUCGAGCCGCCUUGCCCUCCAUGGCAGCCAGUUUAGCAACAACGUCCUUGCCUCGACGGCCCAGUUUGCGUUUGUUGUCAAAGACGCAGCCCAGAUUGCUGGCCUGUCGCCUGCAGUUCGCGAAAUGUUGGCGGCGGCAGAGCGCAAAUCUGGGAACGCUACUGCAACGGCUGACGCCGGACCGUGGCGCAUCACACUCGACCAAGGCAUUGUUUCGGCAGUCAUGGAAAGCUGCUCCGAUCGACGCGUACGAGAGAUUGUGCAGCAUGCCAUGGUCACCCGCGCAAGCGGCAUUCCAAACUUGAUCAGCGCAGCAGCCGACAGCUCUACACUGACCGCAUCGGACAACACUGAGGUCAUCCUCGAAAUUCUGCGUGGAAAGCACGAACUCGCCAAGCUGCUUGGCUACACGCGGUAUGCUGAUGUUUCCAUCGAGCCGAAAAUGGCGAAUUCCGUGGACGAAGUUGUAAACCUGAUUCAAAUGAUCCGAACCAAGGCUAUCGGGCACGCUCGCUCCGAGUUGCAGGCUUUGACUCAAUUGGCACGCGAACAGGACCCCUCGAUUACCGAGCUUCGUCCUUACGAUUUGACUUACUGGUCGGAAAGGCACAAGGAAAAGACGCUCAACUUUAACGAGGCGGAUCUUUUGCCAUAUUUGUCCUUCCCUCGCGUGUUGAAAGCCAUGUUCGACUUGGUGUCCGAGCUGUUUGGAGUUCGCGUUGAGGAACUCCCUCCUGGAUCUGUCUCGGUGUGGAACGAGCACGUCCGGUUCUAUCGCGUGCUGGACACCAAAACAAACCGGCUCUUGGCUGGCUUCUACCUUGAUCCUUACAGCCGACCGAGCGAGAAGCGCGGCGGAGCGUGGAUGGACAUUGUGGUUUCCCGCACCGCUGCACUUGAAGCCCCGUCCGCUGUGCCGGCCUCGGGCUUUUCCCUAUUCUCAGAAGACACUCUGCUGACUGGCGAGAAGGUUGUGCGACGACUUCCGGUCGCGCAUCUCGUGUGCAACCAGAUGGAGCCUUCGGCCUUCCCGGGCAGCGACGCACCUGUCUCGCUGAUGAGCUGGCGCGAUGUCGAGACCCUCUUCCACGAGUUUGGUCACGGGCUCCAGCACAUGCUCACGACAGUCGAUAUCGGCGAGGCCAGCGGAGUCAACGGCGUCGAGUGGGACGCGGUUGAGCUCCCGAGCCAGUUUAUGGAGAACUGGGCUGCGCAACCAAGGAUGCUUGCAGCAAUGCUCAAGCAUGUUGUCACUGGAGAGACCAAGGACCCCGCAGCCAUGGCCGCCGUUUUCCACCGUCGCCGCAGUCACAUGGCGGGUAUCGCCACCAUGCGUCAGCUGUUUUUCGGCAUCGUGGACAUGGAGCUGCACGGUGCCAACUCCUUCCCUGCAUCGCAAGCCCUGCAGGCCUUUUUGAACUCGAGCCGUCCCAUCACACCCAGUGACCGCAUGCUUCCAUUUGCCGUUCAACGCGCCAUCAGCGAAACCUUUACUGUUGUCCCUCCGAUUGUUGACGACCGCAUGUUGUGCAGCUUUUUGCACAUUUUCGAUGGUGGCUACAGUGCUGGGUACUACAGCUACAAGUGGGCCGAAAUUCUAUCUGCGGAUGCAUUCUCUGCGUUCGAAGAAGCUUUGCUUGAGCCAGCUGCGGACGGUGCGCUCCUGCCCGAAAGCGUUCGCACGAUUGGCCGGCGAUUCCGCGACACUGUUCUGGCGAGUGGUGGCAGCCUCUCUGCGCAAGACGUCUUUGUUGUCUUCCGAGGCCGUUCUCUCUCCAUCGAGCCUCUUCUUCGCCACUACGGCUUGAUCUCUGACAGCGAGGCUGCGAUGGAUUGAAUGUUUUGAAUCCUUGUGAUUUUCGGAUUUUUGCAAUCUGUCGCGCCGUGGCGUUCCCAUGCGCUUUGUGGAUUGUUUUUGCUUGAUCUGUUAGAAUACAUCCCAUUCAAGCUCUUGUCUGAGCAGAGAAGAAAAC